AUGGCUUGGGAAAACUGGACUACAGUGACAGAAUUCAUUUUCAAGGGGUUCACAGAUCACCUUGACCUCCAGGUUACCCUCUUUGUGGUUUUCCUGCUCUUCUAUGUCAUCACGGUGGUGGGAAACCUUGGCAUCAUUGCUGUAGUCUGGCUUGAUUCCCAGCUUCAGACGCCCAUGUACUUCUUUCUCAGCAACUUGUCCUUCUUGGAUCUCUGCUACUCCUCCGUUGUGACACCCAAAAUGCUGCUGAGCCUCUCAUCGGAAAGGAACACUGUUUCUUUUGCUGGCUGCUUCGUACAGCUGUAUUUCUAUGUUGCUUUGGUAACUGUGGAGUGCUACCUCCUGGCUGCCAUGGCGUACGAUCGCUACCUGGCCAUCUGCAGCCCCCUGUGCUACCCUGCUGCCAUGUCCCAGGAGCUCUGCGCUGCCCUCUUGGCGGGGUCCUACGCUGUUGGGUUUGUCAGCUCGCUGGUGCUCACAGUGGUUGGGCUGAGGGUGUCCUUCUGCAGCCCCAAGGUCAUUGACCACUUCUUCUGUGAUGGGCCACCACUCUUUAAACUGGCCUGCUCUGACACUUACCUCAACCAAGUGCUGACACUCGCUUUUGCGGGCUUCCAUGGGGUCACCACCAUAUCAGUCAUCCUCAUCUCCUACGGCCGCAUCCUAUCCACCAUCCUGAGGAUGGGCUCUGUGCUGGGCAAGCGCAAAGCUUUUGGGACCUGCUCAUCCCACAUGGUGGUUGUUGCCAUCUUCUACGGGAGCCUCCUCUUCAUGUACCUGCGGCCCAGCUCCAGCUACUCCCUGCCCAGGGACAAAAUUGUUUCUGUCUUUUACACAGUGGUGACCCCCAUGUUGAACCCCUUCAUCUACAGCCUGAGGAACCAGGAGGUGAAGAGAGCUGUGUGGCAGAUAUGGCACAAGAUGUAG